AUGGCUGUGCCACGCUCACGGAUAUUAGACCUCAUGAAGGUCCAAUGCCGCAUUUUCUCGCACACCUUCAACCCCGAAGGCCUUCGACUAGGGAACAAAGUCCUACGACAGCGAUUAAGGGGCCCGGCAUUGGCUGCAUACUAUCCACAAAAGAUGGCGACGUUCAAGGAUCUGCAAAAGGCAUACGGAGACCAGUACGAAAACUUUGACGAGGAGCAAGAGGACCGAUUGGAGAAGAUCAAGAUGAUCAAGGCGAGAGGAAAAGGUGCACCGAAGAAGAAGAGGACAGCAGCGGAAUCGAAGAAGUUCAAGGGAAAGAAGAAGUAG